AUGUACGUGAGUUACCUGCUGGACCAGGACGCGGCCUGCGCCAUGUUCCCGGGCUUCGGGAGCCCGGGGAGGAGCGGCGGGAGGAGGGGAGCGGCCUACCCCGCGGGGGGCCCCGCGGACCCCGUCUGGCCGCCCCCGGGCCCUCACCUCCGCGAGGACUGGACCCCCGGGGUCCCCUACGGUCCUCCUCUGCCUCCUCCCCCUCCUCCGCACCCUCCUCCCCCUCACCUCCAUCCUCCUCACCUCCUCCACCAUCACCAUCACCAUCCUCCUCCUCCUCCUCCUCCUCCUCCUCCCCCCGCGGCCGCCGCCUCCGGGCAGCCCCCCGGGUUGCUGCACCCCCAGAUCGUCGGGGACGGAGGAGCGGCGGGAGCACCGAGGAGGACGGGGAUCGCGGAGUGGAUGAGGCGGGAGCAGCCGCCGCCGCCGCCGCGCCGCCGCCGCCGACAGCGCUCGGGGGUCAAGGGCGCACGCGCACCAAGGACAAGUACCGGGUGGUGUACAGCGACCUGCAGCGCCUGGAGCUCGAGGCCGAGUUCCGGGUCAGCCGCUACGUCACGGCGCGCCGCAAGGCCGAGCUGGCGGCCGCCCUGGGGCUGUCGGAGCGCCAGGUGUGCAAGGGGCGUGCACGGGGCGUGCAAAAGUGGGGGCGGGCGUGCAAGGGGCGUGCAAGGCCGAGCUGGCGGCCGCCUGGGGCUGUCGGAGCGCCAGGUGUGCAAGGGGCGUGCAAGGGGCGUGCAAGGGGCGUGCAAGGGGCGUGCAAGGGCGUGCAAAAGUGGGGGCGGGCGUGCAGGCGCGUGCAAGGCCGAGCUGGCGGCCGCCCUGGGGGCUGUCGGAGCGCCAGGUGUGCAAGGGGCGUGCACGCGGCGUGCAAAAGUGGGGGCGGGCGUGCAAGGGGCGUGCAAGGGGCGUGCACAGGGCGUGCACGGGGCGUGCAAGUGA